UUAGUUUUUCUCACUCUCUAACCUUCUCUUCUCUAACCUUCUCUGUUUGGAUAUUACUCUCCAUUUUCUUCCAACACAAAUGAGAAAUAUGAAAGAGAGUGAGAGAAUGGAAAUUGUAAAAAAGUGGUUCAUUUCUUCUCAAGCUUUUCUGAGCAUGGUCUUAGUGCAAGUUUUUGCAACUGGAAUGCAACUUUUGUCGAGAAUCAUUUUGGUUCAAGGAAAUUAUAUUUUUGCACUUACUACUUAUCGUUAUAUUGUUGCUGCUAUUUGCGUUGCACCAUUUGCACUCUAUUUUGAGAGAGGACUAGUGAAGAAGUUCAAUUGGAGGGUUUGGAUAUGGCUUUUCAUUAAUGCAUUGGUUGGGAUGACAAUGUCUCUUGGAUUAUUCUACUUUGGUCUUCGAGACACGACUGCUACUUACUCUGUCAACUUCCUCAAUUUAAUUCCUAUUUUCACAUUCUUGAUCUCUAUCAUAGUCAGAAUUGAGAAUCUAAGGAUUGAAACAUGGAGUGGUAAAGCCAAGUGUCUCGGGACAAUUGUGUGUGUUGGUGGGGCAUUGGCUACGAGUCUUUACAAAGGAAAGGAAUUUUAUAUUGGUCAACAUCACAAUCACCAUACUGAUAAGAUUGUGGUUGCAACACACAAAACUCACAUGCUUCGUGGAACUAUCUUUUUAGUUGGAUCAUGUUGUUCUUACACAACUUGGUUUAUUAUGCAGGUUAAGUUGGUUAAAGUAUUUCCAUUGAGGUACUGGGGAACAAUGCUAUCAUGUCUUAUGGCCGCAAUUCAGUCAGCAGUAAUCGGUACAUUCUUAAAUUCUAGUAAAGAAUCUUGGAGGUUAGAGUGGAAUCUACAACUUAUUACUAUACUCUACUCGGGAGCAUUUGCUACUGCUGCUACAUUUUGUUUACUAUCAUGGACAAUUCCAAUCAAGGGACCUACUUAUCCUCCAAUGUUCAAUCCACUUGCUCUAGUUUUUGUUGCAAUAUCAGAGGCUAUUGUACUUGGCGAGCCACUAAGAGUUGGAACGUUUUUGGGCAUGGUUUUGAUCAUUAUAGGAUUAUAUUACUUUUUAUGGGGCAAAAGAAAUGAGAUGCCACGUCUAUCUCAAACAAAUGUAGCAGCUUCUGAAUUAUCAAUAAGCAUGGCUGGUGAUCCCAUUGUGCCUAAAUCAACAACAAUUAUAGCAUCAAGUUCUUCACCUGAUGAGAGUAUACCAUGAUUUUUUUUUGUCUAUGUGAAAAGUGUAAGUGAAAAUUAUGUUCUAUUACCCUAUUGUGAAGAUGUGUUUAUCAAAGAUAGUUUAACAAGUUAUACAAAUCCAAGA